GAAGUUAGAAAAAAGAGAGCUUUACAGCACAUGCUGAGGUAGAGAUAAUUUUAAAAACAAACUUUGAAAAGAAAGAAACACAAAAUAAUGUCAGAAAAGUUCUAAAAGAAGUUGAAGGAAAAAAAAUAAAAUCAAAACGUUAGCAGUGCCAUUGUUUGUGCUAUGAAGUGAAUCAUCCAAAAUAAGGACUAAAGAGAGAAACAAUGGGAAAUUCAUCUUCGAAGCGUGAGAAGGGCAGAAAAUGCCGAAGUCUGCCCAACUCGCCGGCCAUUAAACAGAGACAAUUACCAAUUUACACAAAAACAGCAAAUGGGGCAACGGCAAUUCCCUUGCCUGCAACAGUUCUUGUUACCAGACGAUGUCCCCCUGACAAAAUUCGACCACUUCCACCCACACCAAAUCAUCAAUCAUCAAUUCCAUUGACGAAGUCUUCAUCGAAUGAGAGUAGUCAACCGGGCAGUCCAGGAACAAGAUCAAAUUGCAAAAUUCCUACAAGUCCAUAUUCACAAAAUAAUGGAUCAAUAUUGUCAAAAGACAACCUUCAACAACAGCAGCAGCAGCAGCAGCAACAACAGCAACCACCAGCAAAGCAAUCAAUGCUUGGAAAGCUCAAGUUGUUCAGUAAAGAAAAAACUGAAAUACCAAAGACUCAGUUGUCAAAACGAACGAGUUCAAGCAGCGGUUUCUCAUCAGCUCGUAGUGAAAGAAGUGACUCGAGUAUCAGUUUAAACAACGAUUCAAAUCUUCCCUCAUCGCAAACGACAUCGACAUCGAGCACAAAAAGUAACUCAAAGAAAUCUGAAACGACUACAAAGAUGACGACGAGUAAAACAUCAUCGAAAGUUCCAGCGCCAACAAAGAGUGCAUCGAAAGGCGACAAGAAAGAUAAGAGUCAAUUGGAGAGCAACGGUAAUAAUGGAGACAUAACGCCGCCUACGAAAGCACAACACAAAAUUCCGCAAGCCAAAUUGCAAGUGCAAGUGGGCCGUAAACCCGAAACGCUCUCAACGACAACAAAAACUGGUUUGUCGUCACAUUUACAGCAGCAGUCAAAGCAACAGAAUACAUCAUCAGUUGGAACUAACAUUCCGAAGCCAAUGGCUGCAAUCAAAGGCACAACAAAACAAACACUUGCUGAUGAUGGUGGAAGUGGUGCUGGUAGUGACGCGAAAAUUUUAACUGAUAGCAAUGUGAUAAAAGUUGAGAAAGUGAAAGGAAAUGGCGGCAAUGAAUUGAUAAGUGGCGUGCAGAAGACGCAGAUUGUCAAUCCAUUAUCAAUGAGUCCAUUGCAUAAUCAAUUGUUGAACACAACAAACAACAACAAUAUGAGUGAAAGUCUUCAUUCGACAUCUACAAAUAAUCAUUCAAAUUCAAGUGAAUCGAGUGUCGUUUAUCGUCCAACAGCUGAUGUCAAUGCUGACAUUUAUCAAAUGAAAUCACAAACGAAUCCUAUUCCAAAUCGUAAAUUGGAAAAUUUCAAUGAUCCGCUACCAAUCAAUGGCAAUAAAUUCAACACAAUGUCGACGAAAGUGAAUGGAAUGGUUCAAGCAUCAAUAGCAACGACGAUAUUUGAGGAAGAUAAGGAUGUGUCGACUCUUGUUCCGAUGCGUUCGAUCAUGCGAAGUGGCUACAGCAGUUGCACAACAAGCCCGUUACGCUCCAGUCGCAUUAGUAACGGUUAUUACGAUGAAGGUGGGCAAGGCUACUGCAGUGAUGGUGAUGCAUUACGUAAGGCUUCAAUCAGAUACUCUGACAUUGAAAACGGUUAUCUCUCUGAAGGUCCGCACUUCUUAAGCAUACUUCGUAAUAAUCGUCCGCAACUUCCAUCAACAAUUGCUGAAGAA